AUGACGGGUGAAAACCCCAACGCGCGCGUGUUUCACCGCGGCGACGCGCGCGCGGCGGCACACGGCGACGAACGCACGCGCGCGAUGGGGAUCACGUUCGCCAAGCUCUUCCAGAGGCUCUUCUCCAAGAAGGAGAUGCGCAUUCUCAUGGUCGGUCUCGAUGCCGCGGGUAAGACGACUAUUUUGUACAAGCUCAAGCUCGGGGAGAUCGUGACGACGAUCCCGACCAUUGGUUUCAACGUCGAAACCGUGGAGUACAAGAACAUCUCGUUCACGGUGUGGGACGUCGGAGGACAAGAUAAGAUUCGUCCGCUCUGGCGACACUACUUCCAGAACACGCAAGGUUUGAUUUUCGUUGUUGAUAGCAACGAUCGCGAUCGCGUCUCCGAGGCUCGCGAUGAGUUGCACCGCAUGCUGAACGAAGACGAGUUGCGAGACGCGGUUCUCUUGGUGUUCGCCAACAAGCAAGAUUUGCCGAACGCGAUGAGCGCGGCGGAGAUCACCGAUAAGCUUGGCUUGCACUCCUUGCGACAACGCCACUGGUUCAUUCAGUCCACGUGCGCUACGUCCGGUGAAGGUCUCUACGAAGGUCUCGACUGGCUUUCCUCGAACAUCUCGCAGCGCGCGUAG